ACAAACAGUUGCCCUGGCCUGACCCGCCGGCCGGAAGACAAUCGACACCGUUCAACACAUCUCAACCUCACGCUCCUCACCACCUCUCUGCCCUUGAAGGUCGCGCUUGCACGCGUGACAGGCGAUGCACUCGAGGUUAAAUUCAGCCGCUACACCUCCCAUCGCGUCGUCAUCCUCUUCGGCCUCAUCGAGUCGCUCCUCAGCCGCGUCGACCCCACGUCCCCUCUCCCCUCCCCUCUUGACCCUCAACGGCUCCCCUAUUGCUCCGCCCUCAUCGAGCGCAUACCCGCCCGUCUCGCCAGCUCGCAAACGUCGUGCUUCAUCCUCUCACUCCAACAGAAUGGCAGGUCAAAAGCUCGACCCCGCAGGAAGGCAUCAACGCCAAUCUUCAGCACAGGCACGGCAGGCAGCAGCAGCGGCACGAGCGAGGAAUAGUCAAAGAAAGACAGCAGCAAAGAAUGCGGCUCCCAACCCGAUCUUGCACCCAAUCGCCUUUGUCUCAUGGGUGCGAUGGCGCAUCGAUAUCUGGCUGCUAGGACAUCUCGCCGGGGAGAUGUUGACUGACGUCGAGAUCUUCUUGCUCUGUAAGUGGGCGCGCCGUCCCCAAGUACAUCCUCGUCGUGCGGCGCUGACGUUCGUGUCUUUUCGUGCCCGUCCCUCGCAGUCGUCGUCACCUUCCUCCUCACCUGCGUCGUACUCUACUCGCUCUUGUUCCACCUUCCCAACCGCAUUCAUGCGCUGUUGGGACGAGCGACGUACUACAUCUUUGGUAGCGAAGGAGCGGCUGGAGGUUUGGGAAGCGCGGGAGGUGGUGUGGGAGCUCUUAAGGCGGCACUGGGGAGUGGGAGGACUGCUAGCUCGUAGGAGCUGCGAGAAGCGGUAUUCCGACGCGGAAUUGGCAAGCAGGAGGCGUCGACAUGAUAGGUCGCAGCGAGCAGCUGCUCGCCAUUGCAGGCGGUCGGAGCAUACAGUCGCGCCCUCAGCAAGCACGCACACACGAGCGGGACGGGAUGAAGUGAUGGCGAUACUGACAGCACCCGGUGCUGCGAGGCCAUGCUGCGAUGCUGCGACCGACUUAGCGUAGACCUUCGGAUGGAGCUUGCCGCCAAAGUUGUUGUACAUAUCUUCCCAUCAUCUCUUUGCUGCUAGACCUCGGUCAGCAGCGGCAGCGACAGCUCUUGAUUGCCUAGUGAUAGGCGCCUCAAGGCAUACCGUUCCGUCCUCUUCCAGAAACUCUCUGCCUGUGCUGUUGAUGAAAGGCUCAACUGGCGUCUUCCGUAGUAGGGCGCCAACCGGCGGUGUCGUCUUCAACUUGCUUCAGCUGUCGAAUUGGUGACUCAACAAGCUCAGCGAGUUAAGCUAUCCGGCGGCUCUAACGGGAGCCGAGGCCUCGCACGUACGAUUAAUGCACUGCGGGACGGUAGCAUGGCGUCGGGCAGGCAACAACUGUUGUCCUUUGUCCGCAAGUUGCCCUGGAUUCACACGCUGAGUGGGCUCCUGUAGUCGCAUCGAUCGAGGGCCAUCACAGCAGGGCUGGAGCGCUGUUCUCUCAUGGCGCCUUCGGAGAGGGACGGACG